GCAGCACAGUGAUGUAACACUUAAACCAUCUUCAAGCGUCCUCUUACCUUGAUUUUGUGGAACCUGCUUUUUUUUGCCCCGUAUAUAAAACGGACAGCUUUCUUAUCGAUAAGUCAUACGAGCCCCUUGGCGGAGAAAGGAUCCCACGUUCAAAGAUGAAGUUUCUGAGCAUCGCCGUUGUGUCAGCCGUGGUCUGCCUGGCUGUCGCUGGGCCUGCGGCGAAGAAGGACGCCCCAGCCGCCGCAGCCGCAGGCAAGGAGGAGAAGAUUGAAGGACGAGGUGGUUUGAUCGGUGGCCCUGUUGGAGGUGGCUACGGAGGUGGCUACGGAGGUGGCUAUGGAGGUGGCUACGGAGGUGGCUACGGUGGUGGCUACGGAGGUGGCUACGGAGGACUUGGCGGCGCCGCCUACGGCAGCAGCGCGGGCGGCCACCAAGGUGGCUUUGCCAGUGGUGCCCAGGGCUUCAACCAGGGAUCCGCUGGCUUUGCUGGUGGCGACUCAUUCAGGAACGUGCAGGGCUACAACAACCAGAUGGGCUACAACAACCAGAUGGGCUUCUCUAAGACUGACUCGAACCGCUAUGGAACUGGUUUCGGCCAGCAGUCGGGUGGCUUCGCUGGUGGAGCCGCUGGUCACCAGGCUGGUUUUGGCCAGGCUGGCUUCGGACAAGUCGGUGGAAUCGGCCACUAUUAGCGCAGACUCAAGAUGUAGUCGCGUGGCUCACAUCUAAACCCGUGUUCAAGCUGGAAAACAGCAUUUAUUGUACAAAUAUUGUGAAUAAAUUAUCUUUAUUUUGCUUACAAA